UUAGUUAUUUCGAAAACGAGAAUCUUCAUUAUUAUUAUUUUUGUUGUUCGUUUUCCGCAGUUUGCAAAGCAUUCCUUGCGCAGGGCUUGCAUAUGUGCAGAAGUACUGUGCAGUACGUACUAAUUUUACGCUUGACAGUCCAUUGCGGCGACGGAUGGUUUUGGAUAUGGUCCGUCAACCGUCAAGUCUUACGGACAUCGGCAUUUGCCGAAAUACAUGCAUUUAGGCUGGUAUACUAGUUGGCUGCGCCACGCAUUGAAAGUACGCACCGCCAUUUUUUGUCCCCAUGUACGUUUCCGAAAUCGAAUUUUUGUAUGGGCUCAAAGAUCUUUCCCAGGCGCUGCUGCCGGAAUGUGGGCGUUCUAUCCUAUCGCGAUUGUCUUCCCGGGAAUAAAUCGCUGGUGGCGGGAAUUAUUGUCUGCCUCUUGAUAGUCACUUUUCGAGUGAUGAUCUGCCCGUGUACCAUAUGUCACAGCCAGUGUCGCUGCAGCGGUGACGCAGUGUUAUCGCGUGGUCCGGUUUGUCCAUCGCGAGCGCACUGGUAUGGCACAUCAGCUUAUCCCACCGUCGAAGGUCGGAACCAGUCAUGGAGUUGGUUGAUGACCUUUGUAGAGUCGGUGGCGAAUGCUACAACGGACGAUGUUUUGGAUUGGGAGAUAUUUCUCGAACGGGUAACGGAUGAUAGCGCGAUGACCUUGGAUUCGGUCAGGUUUAGCGGUGCAUUACUGUCUGAUCCCGAAAAAGAUCUCGAAAGAACGCAGAACAUGCGGAAAUGGGCAAUGGAUCGGGUGGAGUGUUUUACUAAAUUAUGCGAUGCGAAAACGGAAGCGAAAACAUCUUUAAGAAACCAUCCACCUGCUUUUACCGGGCAUAUCGUGUUUUUGAAUUUUCGCGAUGUCGAUAUUUAUGAUAUAGAGAGAACAUUAAAAGGGAUCCUUCGGUCCCCGUACAUCAUCACUUCCUGUACAGCUGACUUUCCAAUUUCUCCCCACGAAGAGGACACCGGUUUAGCGUUAUAUGACCUGUUGAACAAAAUGUUCUUUGAGCUGGACUGGGUGCCGAUUUUGUCCGACAUUAGUCGGUGUGUGAGCGCUAAAUCCGGUCCAUGCCAUUUUUGGAUCAUUUGGAAAGCUUGGAAUUCUGGUGCGAAACCCUCAUAUAUUCCUCCGGCCGGAACUGGUAGUGCCGAAUUCGAAAUUCAACGUCUUUCUGCUUUAGUUACGCAUCCUCAGUCAGAUACAUGCCGACGUAGACAGCGAAUUGGUGGUACGUGGGAAGAGUUCGGCUUUAUCGAUGGCCAGUGGACCGUCUGUUUGGACCCUCUAGAAAAAUCCAUGGCAUCCGGGUCUUGCCUAGUCUACAGUUUUGGCGUGGGUAAGGACUGGUCAUUCGAUGACGCCAUGCACGCGCUGGGCUGCCGGGUGUACUCCUUCGACCCUUCCAUUAAGACGGCCUCGUACCAGCGCAACCGUCACCACUACUUUUACGACUGGGGUUUAGUCACCGGCGGAGCCCGUCAUCCCCGGUGGAUGCUGCUGUCCUACGACGACAUCCGACGGCGCCUUAACCACGACGACCAGCGGGUGACGGUGCUGAAGAUGGAUGUGGAGGGCGCGGAGUGGAUGUUCCUGAAUGCUACCAACAUCAGCCAUCGUUUGGCGGAGGUGGACCAACUGGUGCUAGAGAUCCAUACGCCACGCUAUGCCGACUGGCGCAAGGGCGUCAAAUGGCGCUCGCUGCUGCUGCACAAUAUUGAGAAAAAUGGGUUUGUGCUGUUUAACUCCAGGAUUAAUCCCCUGGGUGGAGAUUUGCGGGCGUACAGUCAUAAAAAGUUUUUCCAGAAUUCUAAACAGAUUCUGGUGGAAUUGUCAUAUAUGCGCUGUGCCGGAUAAAGAAUUCGCUACCGGCAUUGUUUGUUCCACAAGGAUGUUUUGCUCGUUGACUGCUGCAGAUGGUGUCUCAGAAACCGAUAGCCAGUUCCGCAUAGAGAACCAACCCACUGUUAUGUAGUAUUGCAAAAACAUGACCUUUUUUUGUAACCAUUUUAAUGCUGCUUAUUUGCCAAGUU